AUGGAUCCCAUUAAGUACGUCUUUGAAAAGCCAGCUCUUUUAGGGAAGGUCUCUCGUUGGCAAAUGUUGCUCUCCGAAUUUGACAUUGUGUUUGUGACAAGAAAGGGCCAGGCCAUAGCCAACUACCUAGCAGACCUGUCGCUGAAUGAUCCAAAACUUUUAGAAUCCCUCUUCCUUGAUGAGGAUGUCAUGGCACUAAAGCUAGAACUAGACAGUGUGAAAACAUGGCGUUGGAAGCUUUAUUUUGAUGGAGCCACCAAUUUUACCGAAAAUGGAGUGGGAGCGGUCUUAGUUUCCCCCAAGGGCCAACAAAUCCCUAUUUUGGUCAAGUUGAAUUUUGAUUGCACCAACAACAUCACAAAAUAUGAAGCAUGCAUAGUCGGCCUGCAAGUGGCCCAAGAGUUCGGUGCCUAUGACUUGAGUGUCUUUGGAGAUUCCUUGUUGAUCAUCUCCUAA